GCUACUUUAUUUGCAAAAUUCCAAAUUGCUUUCCAGAAUAGGUGUAAAAUUCACAAGACUAGCAACAAAGCAAUAGUCUGUCUGUAAACAUCCUGUUCUUGAGGUCAAUAAAGGAGAACUUUUACCCAUGCUUUCCCCUUGAGCAGCAUCAGAAAAGUUUCUCUACCAAGAGUCUGUUUAGGAAAUUCCUUGAACCUAAUUUGCCAUAGCUGAAAAUAUAAAGAAGCUCAUGAUUAGGGCUCAUAAAAUGUAGGUUCUCAUCUAAUUCUCCCACCAAUUAGUUGUGUGACCUUGGCCAAAAAUGACAAUGACAAAGAGAGUAGUGAUGAUGAUGAUGAUGAUGAUGGUAGUAUUUUAUAUAGUACUUUAAGUUUUGCAGAGUGCUUUUCAUAUGUUGUCUUCAGUUGAUCACAACUCUGUGAAGUACUCUUAUUUUCCUCAUUUUACAGAUAAGGAAAUUAAGACUGAGACAAUUUAAGUGAUUUACCCAGGGAGUCCCUCAACUAGUAAAUGUCUUGAGGCAGGAUUUGAACUUGGAUUUUUCUGACACCUUAUCUGUAUUCUAUCCAUCAACCCACAUAAUUUCUCUUAGCCUUAAUUUCAUCAGGAUAUUAAAAGAGCUGGAUGAGAUCAGCAUUCCUUCCUCUGCACAGUGAUGAAAGACUUCAGAGAGCUUGUAAUUUCAACCUAAACCUGAACAAGACUUCCUGGACAACAGACUGACAAGUGUUCAUCCUGCCUUUUUUUAAAGAUAAAUACUGGGUUCCCAGCACAUUUCUGUUUUUUAGUGUAUAUAGAUCACUCCCAAAUCUUCAUAUUCUUCUACCUAGUCCUCUCAACCUUUAUUCCAGUGUCUUUCUUGAUAUCUGUAGGAUAUUUAGAUUUAAAAUUUAAUCCUGCAGUUGGACUUAUGUUCCCUUUCUAACCUGCUUAUCUAUUCAGAUUUCCCUUUUUAACAUCAAUGAGAACAUUCUUCAUUCCCAAGCUCCCAGUUGGCUGUCUUAAUAAUAUCUUAACCUUUUGAGCCUUCUCUAUUGUUUACUCUAUCCAAAUAUUCACACAUACCCUGCCAAUAUUUUCUCUAUAAUGCCUCUUAUUUACACCCUUCUUAUGUGAUCCUACAGUCACACACCCAUUUUUGUAGUUUCUUGUUAUGACUCCUAACCUACCUGCCUUUAGUUUUUUUCUCCUUAAAGGUGAAGGAUUAAGAAUUGUUUUUCCUUAAGUACUCUUUUGAUCACAUCCCCAGGUUGCUCAUAAAUGUAGAGAUCACUUCUUAGGUGAAAUUCAAGUUCUUCAUCUUUUCAUUUUUAAAUUUUCCUCUUACUAGUCUUUGUAUUCUAUUCUGCAGCUUCUAUCUGUCUCCCGCUUUUUGUAUUCUGUUCUGCAGCCAAAACAUUUGUCUUCUGCACAUGGAUUAUUCAGUCUGUGACUGAACUCUGAUGUAUUUUAUUUUUUCCAACUUGGAAUGACUUCCAAUAUUUUCCCCCAUCAAAUUUAAUAUAAGAACUUAAACAUGCCUCUGCUGUUUUUUCUGUCUCCUCUCCCAGAUAUGUAUGCAUCUUCGUUUUAUAAAAGAACAUACCAACGUGGGCUUACAUUAAUAAGAACCAUUUUCUUUCAUUUUUUAAAGUUUUGUUAAUGAAUUUUCUGGGAAGUAAGAGUUUACUUUUAGCCAAUGAAUAAGCUCCCUAGCCACACAUUGAUUUCUGUCAGAUGACCAGCCCAUUAAAAUUAUUUUAAGGUUAGGUGAUAUGACCUAUCUUUAAGAUCCUUUCUAAUUCAAAACUCCCAGAUUUUUAUAAUAAUGGAUGACUGGUUCUUAGUAGGUUGUCAAGGGAAACCAGGAAUGUUUUUUUUUUUUUAAGGUUGAUGUCAUAGAGGACAGCUACAGCCUUUGGAAAAAUGUUACUCUGAGAGACUAGUAGGCUGGGUAGAUGUGGAUCAUUGAACCCUACAAGGAAGUUGUAAUCUUUAAAAUGACAUGUGAAAGGCUUUUCUUCCAGUUAGGUGAAGAUGCUGGAAGCAGAUUUGGUUGCAAAGAUGCUUCGAGCUGUUCUGCAAUCCCAUAAGAAUGGAAUAGCAUUACCCCGGCUACAAGGAGAAUACAGAUCCUUGACUGGUGAUUGGAUUCCAUUCAAACAGCUAGGAUAUCCUACAUUAGAGGCAUAUCUGAGAAGUGUGCCAGCAGUUGUUAGAAUAGAGAUCAGUAGAUCUGGAGAGAUAACUUGCUAUGCUGUGGCUUGUACAGAGACAGCACGGAUUGCUCAACUGGUAGCACGCCAGAGGAGUUCAAAAAGAAAAACAGGAAGGCAGGUUAAUUGUCAAAUGAGAGUGAAGAAAACAAUGCCAUUUUUCCUAGAAGGAAAACCAAAAGCAACGCUCAGACAACCAGGAUUUUCUUCAGAGUCUGAAAGAGACAGCAAAAAACCUACACUCUUAAGAGAGAAAGUUGUUAAAUCUGGUAAUGAAACGUCACCAUAUACCUUGCCUCCUACUCUUGGAAGUGGGGUGUCCAGAGAAGUGCCAAUGCAAAGACAUGUGACAAUGAUAAAUAGGUCUAAUCCCAAAGCAGCCCUUCCACCAGUAUUUCAGGUGCAUCUAUCAAGAAGUUCUCCUAAGGAUAUAAAUGAUAAUUUAAAUGAGACUAUUCAGAAAACAAACAUCAUGCCUCCUGUGACUAAUACUUAUAAAAUGGAUGAGGUUCAGAUGCGAAUUAAGGAAAUAUUAAACAAGCAUAACAAUGGCAUUUGGGUAUCAAAGCUUCCACAGUUUUACAAAGACUUGUAUAAAGAAGAACUUAACCAAGGAGUUUUUCAACAAUUUGAACACUGGCCUCAUAUUUGCACGGUAGAAAAACCUUACAGUGGUGGUCAACAGGAUGUGCUUAUUUAUCCAGCUAAGAGAAGACAGCUUUUGAAAAGUGAAAUAGACAAUGAAAAAACACUUCAGCCUCAGACACCGGCUCCAAAACAAGUAUCUCUUUCAAAAGAUUUCUCAGAAAUUGGGAUAGCUUCCAUUAAUGAUGACUUUAAGCAGAAGGUUGCAGAGCUGUUAGUGAAAUACUCAAGUGGUCUUUGGGCAAAUGCCCUCCCCAAAGCAUUUGAGGAUAUGUACAAAGUAAAAUUUCCUGAGGAUGCAUUGAAAAAUCUUGACUUGCUGUCAGAUGUAUGCACUGUAGACCACAUUUCUGACAAUCCUCAAAAAGCCAUUCUUUAUGCAAAACUACCAAAAUUUACUGAAGGGAAUCUGAAUAACACAAAGCAAAAAAUUAAAAAUGAUGAUAUCACGUCUAUGGUUGAACAAGAAUAUUUGCAGAUAGAAGAAGAAAACCCUGACUUUUCUCCAGAAGAAAUAGUUGUUCCUCCAUUAAUUAUCCCAACUGAGCCAUCACCAUCAGUUUUGGUAGUUGAACUUAACAACACAAAUGAAGUUGUCAUAAGGUAUGUAGGCAAAGACUAUUCUGCUGCUCAAGAAUUAAUGGAGGAUGAAAUGAAAGAAUAUUAUAGUAAGAAUCCUAAAGUGACGUCAGUGCAAUCUGUGUAUGUUGGACAGCUGGUUGCUGUAAAUGCAGAGGAAGAUGCUUGGCUACGUGCACAAAUAAUUUCAGUAGAAGAUAAUAGAAUAAAGGUAUGCUAUGUUGACUAUGGUUUCAGUGAGACUGUAGAAAAGACCAAAGUGUACAAACUAAACUCGAGGUUCUGUUUGCUCCCCUUCCAAGCAACAAAAUGUAAAUUAGCAGGGUUGGAAGUGUUUAAUGAUGAUCCUAGUUUAGUGAAAGUGGUUGAAUCUUUAGCCUGUGGGAAGAUAUUUGCAGUAGAAAUCCUGGAAAAAGCUGAGAUUCCUCUUGUGGUCCUGUAUGAUACAUCAGGAGAGGAUGAUAUCAAUAUCAAUGCCACCUGUCUAAAAGCGCUUUGUGACAAAACACUGGAGGUGCACCUUCAGGCUGAUGCCAUGUAUACAAGUGUAAAAGUAACCAAUAUUUGUUCUGAUGGAACUCUGUACUGCCAGGUGCCUUGUAAGGGUCUGUCCAAGCUCAAUGAUAUUUUGCAUAAAUUAGAAGACUACUUCCAUUGUAAGAACAUGACAUCUGAGUACUUUGUCUCAUUACCUUUCUGUGGGAAAAUCUGCUUAUUUCAUUGCAAAGGAAAAUGGUCCCGGGUAGAGAUAACAAAUGUUCACAGUAGUCGGGCUCUUGAUGUUCAGUUCUUGGAUACUGGCACAGUUACAUCCAUAAAAGUUUCAGAACUCAGAGAAAUUCCACCUCGGUUUCUACAGGAAUUGAUUGCGAUUCCACCCCAGGCCAUUAAGUGUUGUUUAGCUGAUCUUCCACUUUCGAUUGGCAUGUGGACACCAGAUGCUGUGCUUUGGUUAAGAGAUACAGUUUUGAACUGCUCUGAUUGCAGCAUUAAGGUUAUGAAAUUGGAUGAACCCAAAGGGAUCGCACAUAUUUAUCUAUUUACUCCUAAAAAUUUCCCAGAUCCUCAUCGCAGCAUUAAUCGUCAGAUUACAAAUGCGGAUUUAUGGAAGCAUCAGAAGGAUGUGUUUUUGAGUGUCACACCCAGUGAAAGUAAUCCUAACAACAAAAGUGACAGUGUCACUGUACCUAGAACCACUCUUGAAAGUAUCAAGAAAAACUUCACCGAUACCAUCCCAAAGUCUGUACUAGAACAUGCCACCAAACUUUCUAUGAUGGAGCUUCCCCCUCCAAUUCCUUUGUCGAAGCCAGGGGAACAUAUGGAUGUCUAUGUGCCAGUGGCCUGCCAUCCUGGUCAUUUUGUUAUCCAGCCUUGGCAAGAGUUACAUAAACUGGAAGUUCUGAUGGAGGAAAUGAUUUUGUAUUAUAGUGUGUCUGAAGAGCGACCUGUAACAGUGGAGAAAGACAAAGUGUAUGCUGCAAAAGUGGAAAAUAAGUGGCACAGAGUACUUUUAAAAGGAAUUCUGACCAAUGGACUGGUAUCUGUUUAUGAGUUGGACUAUGGCAAACAUGAAUUAGUGAGCGUAAGGAAAGUACAGCCUCUAGUGGACGUGUUCCGGAAGCUGCCCUUUCAGGCCAUCACAGCUCAGCUUGCAGGAGUGAGAUGCAGUCAGUGGUCAGAAGAAGCUUCAAUAGUGUUUCGAAAUCAUGUAGAGAAGAAACCUUUGGUGGCGUUGGUACAGGCAGUUGUUGAAAGUACCAAUCCUUGGGAUCGAAAAAUAGUGGCAUACUUGGUGGACACAUCACUACCAGAUACUGAUAUAUGGAUUCAUGACUUUAUGUCUGAAUAUCUCGUGGAGCUUUCAAAAAUUAAUUAAUCACUGUUGCUGAAACCUUGACAACUAAUUUAUAUUCUUUAGCAAUAAUAAUAAUAAUAAAACAACAUGAAGCAGGCUUUAAACACUGAAAGUUCAACUAUUCUGCAUGGCUCUUGAGUAUCUGCAAGGGAUUGAAAAAAUAUGAUGCUUAUGGUCUAUGAAAUAUAUUUAAUAGAAGUUUUGUUUAACCAAGUUGACUUUUCAAAGGACUUGCACUAAUUGUUUAUUACUAUAGUUUUAGAGUGUUGGGGUGGAAAAAUAAAGUGUUGUUUAUCAACAUCAAA